GCGGGCCCCGCCGGGCCGCGCCGCUGGGACUCGCUCGCGGCGAAACCCGGGUCCGGCGGGAAGCGGGAUGGUGCGCUCGCUCAACUCCAUCGUGGCCGUGUGCCAGAACAUGGGCAUCGGGAAGGACGGCAGCUUGCCCUGGCCGCCGCUGAGGAAUGAGUACAAGUACUUCCAAAGAAUGACAAGCACGUCCCGUGUGGAAGGUAAACAGAAUGCACUGAUAAUGGGUAAAAAAACCUGGUUCUCCAUUCCUGAGAAGAAUCGUCCUUUAAAAGACAGAAUUAAUAUAGUGCUCAGCAGGGAGCUCAGGGAAACCCCAAAAGGAGCACAUUAUCUUUCCAAAAGUCUGGAUGAUGCUUUAGCUCUUCUGGAUUCACCAGUGUUACAAAGUAAAGUAGACAUGGUUUGGAUCGUGGGAGGCACUUCAGUUUACAAGGCAGCAAUGGAGAAGCCAAUUAACCAUCGAUUGUUUGUGACAAGAAUUUUGCAGGAGUUUGAAAGUGACACAUUUUUUCCAGAAAUUGACUACAAUGACUACAAACUUCUCACUGAAUACCCAGGUGUCCCUGCUGAUAUCCAAGAAGAGAAUGGCAUCCAGUACAAAUUUGAAGUGUAUGAAAAAGCUGUCUCGGCACAAUAAAUUAGGCUUUCUAUAUUUCUGUGUAAGGUUAGACAUUUUAAAACAUGAGGUCUUAUUCAGUACACAUAUAUACUAAAUUACUGAAAGAAAAUCCUGCUUCAUAGUACAAUACCUCAGUAGUGAAUGAUUCCCAAAAACACACCCCACACUUGGAAUGUACAACCUGCAGUGGAAACAGGAAGGUAGCUCUAAGAAACACCACAACUAAGGAUGCAUUAGACAUUGUAUUGAUCUCUACAAUCCAUGACAGCAUCCCUAAUAAUUCCAUGAGUAAUGAAAGAACCUUUCUACCUAAUCAAAGGUUUUGAGUUUUCCUAAUUGAAAAUGUCCAACACAGAGAAAGUGUCAAAACUCUUGAGCAUGACUGGAAUGGUACAUAUAUUUAUAACCAUCUUUUAAAUAUACCACAAUGGAGGAAAAGGUUAUCAGGUUUGAAAGCAUAACAAGAGAAAUGAAGUCAGACAGGAGCUGAGGGAUACACUGAUUCUUGAUGGAGCUCCUCUGUGGUCAUCUCAACCAUACUGGGUACACAGCCUACUUCAAGCCUUCUGGCAAAAACACUGACUUACAAAGUAACCUGAUAAGUUGCAACGUUUCCAUUAAUUUCACACCCCUGUAAAGGCUCACUGCUCUUGAAAACUCUGCUAUGUCAGUUUGACUGUGGCAAGUCUGCAGUAUAAGAACAUAGACAUUGCUUUCCUAACAGGAUCUGUGUUCUUAGGUCCCUUCUAAAUGUGACCAAUGCAGAGGCAGUGUGAAUUUGUCAGUGUGGUUUUGAAUAUUCUGUGUCACAUACAAAUAUAGAUUAUAAGCAGAUAGUGGAGUCCUGUCUCCAAUUUCAUUGAACAUGGCUAGUAUAAUAAGGUUUUGCAUUGCUAUUCCCUAAAAGUAGUGAGCAAUAUGCUGGUAUUGUAAUAAGACUCAUUCUAAUGGCAUACAGUGCCAAGUGUUGACCAAAUUUUAUUACUGCCAAUACUGUCAUAAAAUUUUCAGUAAUACUUGUCUGUUGCUCUGUUUUGGCUGUGGGCAGAUUGUCAGAUGGCAGAGGACUCCAUGCACAAAGUGCCAUGGAGAGGAGCUGGGAUGUACCCUGUCCAUCAAAGCUUCCUUGUGCUGGAGCUGCCACUCUGAAGUGAUGGCCUGCAACGAGGGAGUCCUGCUUCCCUCUUGUUGCAGAUCAGUCUGAGAUCAGAAGAGUGAAAAAAAAAAACCACAAAAAGUUUAAAAGAUAAGAAAUAGCCCUCAAAACUCUGUUGACUGUUUCCGCGCAGCAUUUUAAAAGUACUGUCAUACGAAGCAUGAUUGUGGAAGAUCCAAGUAAUAACUAAUGCUUGUCCAUCAGUGUCACCUUGAGGCCCAGCUGCAGUGUCACCUUGAGGGCAGCACUGGCCAUUGCUGGGCUUUACAGAACUGUACAGAGCAGCAGAAGAGUGCCGCGUUCUACAAGAAGAUGAAACCUUUGUUCUUCUUGCUUUUGAAAAACCAAGCCUCUUUGAUAAAAGAAAAACACUUAGAAUAUCAGCUGUGAGCACCUCUUGAAUUUUCCAUGGCAGUUUACAAUGCUAACUGAUAAAAAAAGUAAUUUUUGCAGCA